AUGGCAGACACGAGGCAGGAAAACCAAACUUCCCUCACCCAGUUCAUCCUCCUGGGAUUCGGGACCCUCCCCAAACUGCAGCCCCUCCUCUUCCUGCUGUUCCUAGUGAUCUACCUUGUGACCAUGGCUGGGAACCUCCUCAUCGUUGUGCUGGUGGUGGCCGAUUGGCACCUUCACACCCCCAUGUACUUCUUCCUGGGGAACUUGUCCUGCUUGGAGAUCUGCUAUAGCUCCAGCAUCUUGCCCCGGCUGCUGGCCGGGCUACUGAUGGGGGACAGGACCAUUUCAGUUGAUGGCUGCAUCACACAAUUUUUCUUUAGUGGCUUCUUUGUAGCCACCGAGUGCUAUCUUCUAGCCGUGAUGUCCUACGACCGUUAUCUAGCCAUAUGCAAGCCCCUGCAUUAUGCUACACGUAUGUGCGGCGAUUUCUGCCUCCAGCUGGCAGCCGGGUCUUGGAUAAAUGGGAUUCUAGCCGUUACCAUAAUCGUUUCUCUUAUGUCACAAUUAACGUUCUGUGGCCCCGAUGAAAUCGAUCAUUUCUUCUGUGAAGCUACACAACUAAUCAAUCACUUCUGCAAGGACAUGUACCACUUGGAUCUUGUCAUUAACAUAGUAACCGCUCUAUUGACUCUGCCCCCGUUUGUGUUAACAGUGACGUCUUACGUCUGCAUCAUCUCCACUGUCCUGCGGAUCCCGUCCACCACUGGGCGGCAAAAGGCCUUUUCCACCUGCUCCUCCCACCUCACUGUGGUGACCAUUUUCUACGGCAUCCUGAUGGUUGUGUAUCUGCUGCCAAAAUCCAACAUGCUCAGAGACCUCGACAAAGUGUUCUCCAUCUGCUACACGUUUCUGACUCCUCUGGCCAAUCCGCUCAUCUACAGCCUGAGAAACACAGAGGUGAAAGGGGCUCUGAGAAAACUUGUCAGGAAAUGUGCAGGUUUUUCCAGGAUUCAGUAA